AUGACCAUCCUAGAAGUUGGCGUCCGGGUCACGGCUCAAGGGGGCCCCUUGUGGAGGUGGCGGUCAUGGCGGAGGAUGAUGAUUCCUCUUUACCAUCAACUGGAAGCAGUGGUGCUUGCAGUCAUGGCCUUCCGGGGUGGCAUGAGCAUCUACUUGCUGAAGGUAGCUUUAGAUGCCUCGGUUGUCAUACCAGCCGCGGUGUCGGAUCAAGACAAGGCCACAGUCCUCGUCCUCUGCAUCUACCGUGCGCUGCGCACAUGGGGCGACUGCCAUGGUGUUUCGGUGCACCAGACUUUGCAGCAGAGACGUCGACGGGCCAAGAUGAACAAGCUCUGGAUGGAUGAGUAUCAGCAUAGACUGGAGGAACACCGAGCGCGGCUAGCAGUGAGGAUUCAGCACAUGGUAGAUACACGAGCUCCUCAGCUGUUCUUUCUUAUGGCAACCCUGGCAUACUGUUGGGCGGAGUUCUAUGACUUUGUGCAAACCUCACGGGUCCUGGGAUACGUGCUGCUGUUUGCAUUCGGCUGUGAGUUUCUGAUACGGACGAAGGCACAAGGGGGAGAGAUCUUCUUCCGUCCCUUAUUCAACAAAUUGGAGUUCUGUAUUCUGUCAGCGGGCACGUGGUGCUUAUUCUAUGCCUCCUGGUACACGCAAUACCUGGCAGCAUCAAAGGAUGAGGCCACUGCAGUGGCAACUGCCACGGCAGUACUCCUCCUGCUACACCGCUGCAUUCGCAUGCUUGGCAUCCAGCUGAAGGUGUCUGCAAGUGAGUUUGAUGUUGACAGCGUCAUGAAUGCCAAGGCCGUGCAGAUCUUCAUGGCUAAGUUUGGCACUAUGGUGGAUGUACCGCCCACAAACGUCAAGGUGGACUUGCCGGGUUCCAUGGUGCACAUCCAGAAAGCCAGCCUCAAGAGCGAAGCCUUUGAGCAGCUACAUCUGCCGGUGACGGUGACAGGAGGUCUCAUCGAAGAUCUCUUCAUAGACUUCUUCAGUGCAGACACCACGAAGGAGUUCGGAAGGCCGCUAGCCUUUGCUCCGCGUGUUCGGGGCCGGACAAAGAUCCGCAUCAAGAAUAUGCUGCUGCUCUUGGGACCGGGUCCUGGCCUGGCGGAGGCAGGCGAAAAAGAGCCUGGCAGUUACUGGCAGUAUGACAGUGUGCUGGCAGCCAAGCAGAACGUGGUGGACCUGAUCUGCCAGCGGCUGACAGUACCAUUCCCUACCGCGCCCGACCCCUCCGUCGUCUCGGCUGACUCCCUAGGAUCGAGGCCGAGAAAAACCUUCCGUCAGAUGGGACAGCACCUCAUCAAAGGCGCAAAGUACAAGGUGGGUACCGCCGUUGCGCAGGGAUUUCGCAGGCUGAGGAUGGCCCUGCAAGACAGCUCGGUUCGGCAUGUGGACAUGCAUGUGCACAACGCAAUGGUGCAGUUCGAGGACCAUGAAGGUUUGCUGGGCCAUGGCUGCCUGAAUUUGGGCAUGAAGGUGGACUCUUUGAAGCUUCACCGUCACCAAGGGCGCCACUUCAGCGCACAGCUCGCGCGCUGGUCCGUCUACGCGGAGCCAUUUGCCGCGGCAGAUGCGAGUAGGCGAACGUCCAUGUCGGGAUGGAAGCCCAACCGGACUGUCAAGAAGAUGGUUCGGCUGAACGCUGCGGAGCGAUUUCGCUAUUGGGCUUUUGCGAACAUGGAGGAAGAGGACCCACUGGAUGCAAUGGCAUUGCUAAAACGCAUUGAGCGAUUUCCAGAGAGGCACAACAUCCUCACGGUGCAGCAGGUGAUCGUACGUGGCAGUCCUGCAGAAGGUCCCAAGACCGAG